AUGUCUUCCGCACACCACAGUCGUAAGCCGUCAAGUAGAACAGCCCUGCCUCGACGAACGACUAAAGGCCCGCUGGACGCGCCGACAGACCCGUUGGCUCUAUCUACGACACCUGUACCCUCACCUCAAAACCAUACAGCACAGCUGUCGCCAAAGCAAGAAGUCAGUGAACCUAUAGAGGCGGCUGAACCAGCUACCCGACGACCACCAGCACCAAGCGAUCAGCAACAGGCGGCUCAAACUGAAGACGUGGCUGCGGUAGAGGAAAGAGAUCUCUCCUUCCUCCUCGAUGCCUCAAUCUACCAUCCUCUCUCUCAGCUGGAGAUCCCCGGCCCUUUUCGAAAGCCAUUUCUCCCGCCACUGAAGCCCGAAACUCCUCUCCAGACCGCCAUGCAACACCUGGAUUCACUCCUCUCUCAAUGCGACUUUCUACGUGCUGCCCAGCUGGCAGGCUCAAUCCUGGUGUCCGGCACGGUACGGCCUACGGACGCAAAAACUAUUUUCCGCUUGCUGGAGAUUCGGUACUCUUGUCUCGAACUGUCGGGGAAUUUGCUGUUUGCUGCACAGGAGGCCAAGGCGUUGGAGGAUCUGAGUUCCGGAUUUUACUAUGAUGAGCCGGCCUUCGAGCGAAGUGCAGAUGAAGAUGAUCUGGCUAGUACACACAAAGUGCCGAGCCAUAUAAUGCCCUUUUCUUUACGUUUGCAAGCGCUCAGACUGCAGAGCAUCGGCUUUUCAGACCCGAGGAGGGGUGUUUCUACGCUCUACGAUGUCGCGCUGGAAUGCAGAGAACAUUUGUCCUCUCCGCAUACGUCACCUGAGCAGAGAGAGCUGUGGGCAGAAAGGCUGAGUGAAGUGUCGAUCCGGGUUGUGAAUGCCUUGAUCGAGAUGGGAGAUAUCGAUUGCGCUGUGAGGACGCUCCAAGACAUGAAACCCAGAACUGAUGAUCACCUGGCACUCUGGACAUCCAGGAUGACACUGUUGAGAAUCAAGAUGGGCGAUAUUGUCGGAGCCCAAAAGUUAAUUGAUUCCGGAAAGCUUGGCUCGCAAGACAGGCUGAUACUUGGAUCUCUUCUCGCCAUUGCUGAAGGCCGAUAUGACGAUACGACAGCGGGUCUGUCUGACAACGAAGCCAGUGCUAAUUCAGAACUGGCAGCUCUCGUGAAACAGAACCUCGCAGUCGCGUAUCUAUAUCGAGGGGAAGUCCGAAAGUCCCGGCAGAUUCUGGAAAAGCUCGUCAAUGACGGACAUUCUUUCCAGACUUUGACAAUCAACCUUGCUACCAUCUACGAUUUGACUUCAGAUCGAUCGCGGGAGUUGAAAACGUCGAUGGCCUCGCAGAUCGCCAGUCGUCAGAGGGAAUCCGGUUAUCUACGCGCGUUUGUGAAUGCCGACUUCAAGUUGUGA